GACAGGAUAAGAAAACAAAAAUUUCAAAGUGUAUAUUGGAAAUAAAAUAACUAUCACUGUAAUUAAUGUAUAUCUAUUCGAAUAUACGUUUACUGUUCUUACUGGUAAAAUGAGCUCCAAAACGUAUUAUAACUUUAUAUUGGAAAGAAUUCAUUCUCCAGGCCUUAUUAUAUUAGAUAAACCAGGAAAAACGUAUACAUGUGGCAGAGGAAAAGAAAAUCAAAUAUUAUGUCUUAGCCUUAUGGUAUCCCGUAAGCACUGUAGUUUUUUUCGUAAUGAUAAUGAAAUAUAUGUUAUAGAUUUGGAAAGCUCCAAUGGAGUAUUUGUCAAUGAUGUUAAACAACAAGCAAGACAUAUGGUUAAAUUAAAUGAAAAUGAUAUUAUUGGAAUUGGUUGUCCAAAUUCCAAUGAUAAAAGUGAGAAUAUGUUUAUUUAUAAAUUACGUUUCAUUAGUGAUAACAACGAAUUAGCAUAUCAGAGCCCUAUUAAAUCACCAAAGGAAUCUCCAUACGAAGAUAUAAUAAUAGAAAAUAUUGAUGAAAGUCAUUAUUCAUCGUUUAAAGACAAUGUAAAUAAUAAAAAUAGUUUAGUUUCAUCGAAUGAUAUAUUAGAACUUCCAAAAGUUAUAAACAAGAUUUGUCAAAUAGAAACGUCUAACAAGGAAUUUUGUAAUGGAACCAGCAAAAUUAAUUCCUAUCCAGAAAUUGCAUUGUUAAAUAUUUGUACAGAAAAUAAUACUAUAAAACAAAAUACUAAACAUUUGGAUGCUAAUUAUAAUAGUAAAUGUCAAAAGAAAAAUGAUACCAAUGAACAUAAAAACUUAUCGGAAAUAAAGAGUGCACCAGAAACGAUAAAGCAGGAAGAUUCUUUAAAAAAAAAAACAAAUUAUCUUAAAUCUGUAGAACAAAACGAUGUAUUAUGUAUUGAUUUACCGAUUAGUGUUAAUAUGGAAAGAGUACAGCUAAGUCAUGACAAUAAAAUUAUGUCUGAAAAUAUUCCUAAGAUAAGAUCCCAUGAAACUAAUUUAGUACAUGUAAACCAUAGCUAUGAUACAAAUAUACAUACGGAUGCUAGUAAAAAUAUUAAAAUAUCAUCACGACAACAGGAUUAUUCUGAAACUGUAACAAAACUUGAAAAUGUGGUACAUGACAAUUCAAAGGAAUAUAAUGAGCCUAUAAUGACUAAAAAUAAAUUAAACAAGCUAAAUAAUAAAUCUAUAAAUAUUAUACAUACAAGUCAAGCAAGAGCCAAAAUUAAAAUUUUCUGA